AUGAAUCGGCAAAAUCAGAUGGCUAUUAGAGCUUCUCUUAAGAAUGCACUUUUCAGCAAAAGCAGAAGGAAUUUGAAAUAAAAUCCUCCAACCUAAAACGCUUCUCCUCCUAUGAAAAAUCCUCAACCAAAAAGCACAAAUUAACAAUUUAGACAUUUUAGUGAUAUAUAUGAAUAUGGCCAUCAUCAGAUCGGUUAUAUGAAUAUUUAGCAUUAGGCCAAGGAGCACAUGGAAUUGUGAAGAAAUGUUACAAGCGAGAUCAAAAUAAUAUAGAUAUAUCAGAAAGAACCACCUAUGCCGUUAAGAUCUUUAGAACUGGAGAUACAGAAAUAAUAAAUACAAUCAGGGAGACAUUUCACCUAAAUAGAACAUUAAAUGAUCUGAAUUGCGUAGUUAAAGCACUAGAUCUUUUUAUAAAUUCUAAAAAGGAAGAACACCACUUGGUAAUGGAAUAUUGCCCUUAUUUGAGCCUAGAACAGAGAAUGGGAAAAUUAAGUUUAGAUGAUAUUCAGAUAAUUGCUUUAAAUUUAGCUCAGUCCAUAAAAUAAUUGCAUUCAAGAGGAAUUUGCCAUCGAGAUCUAAAACCAGACAAUAUUCUUAUUGGAGAUAAUUUUGCUUUGAAAUUAAUAGAUUUUGGGGUUUCUAAAAGAUUUUUAGUAAAAGGGAAAGUAACAAAAAACAUCGAUAUGUGGACAAGGACUGGUUCAUUAUUUUAUUAAGCUCCUGAAAUAUUUCUAGGAGGCGGUUACAAUGAAAAAGGUAUUAUUAAAUCUAUUUUAGUUGAUAUCUGGUCAAUAGGCAUUAUUUUGUAUUAAUUAUUGGUUGGAUAAUUGCCAUUUUAAUAGGAAACUGUUUUGGAUACAAUAGAGAUGAUAAGAGAUUCAGAAAUUAAUGUAAAAAACACAUCUGCUUUUAAAAAGCUAAAUUCUCUAGAAUAAGAUCUAUUAAAGAGACUAUUAAAGAAAGAUCCAGAGAAAAGACUGUCAGCCGAAGGUUUAUAAAUAAUAAAAUAUAAAAGACUUUGCAUUGCAUCCUUGGCUUCAAAAGAGAUAAUAAAAGAAGUCAACGAAGAGCUUUGAUGAUUGUGACAUUUAGGAUAAUAGGAAAAAUGAUGGAAUAUUAUAAUCAUCAGAAAUAUCAAUUAUGAGGUAAUACUUACCUAGAAGCAAUAACCCUUUGAUAGUUCCUAUACAGGAAGAAAAAUUGUCCAAUCCUUUGGAAUUUAAUUGGAAUGUUUGGGAUACUCAUGUUCACUAUGUCCCUCAAGAUUUAAUUCAGAUUAUCAACCUGUAUGAUAGGCACUCUAAAGAAAUGGGGAGUUCAGAAGAAUUGAUGAAUAAGCAAUAGAAAUAAGAUGAAGAAGGGGAAUUUUAAGUUGGAUUAAUGAGAACAACUUCAGAGCAUUUUGAUUAACUAUGA